AAAAAAAACCCCAACAACUGCAUCCUAUUGCCGGCGGGCCGGCCGGCCACGCCACGGCCAGCCGGUUCCUUGUCCUUUUCCCAGGUGGACUUCACCCCACGCUUCCAUCUUUCUCAGAAGGCACCGCCGCCGGCACUUCACACAGCAGCUAAAUCAAGGCAAGCAUUCUUCGUCCAUCACUGCCUCACUCCGCAUCCAGCUGGUACUACUGUGGUGUCUGAGCAAGAGCGCCAAAGAGGCGCUGGCGCGGCCAUGGCGGCGGUGAAGCCCAUUCUGUACAGCGCGUGGAUCAGCUCCUGCUCCUUCCGGGUCCGAAUCGCCCUCAACCUCAAAGGUGUGGAUUAUGAGUACAGGGCUGUGACACGGACUGAUCCAGAUUAUGAAAAGAUCAAUCCAAUCAAGUAUGUCCCAGCAUUUGUAGAUGGGGAUUUUGUUGUUUCUGACUCCCUCGCAAUCAUAUUGUAUCUUGAAGACAAGUAUCCUCAACACCCUCUUUUGCCUCAAGAUCUCAAAAAGAAAGCUAUUAAUCUGCAGAUUGCAAAUAUAGUGUGUUCGAGCAUUCAACCUCUUCAAUGUUAUGCUGUAAUUGGUCUGGUUGACGGCAAGUUAAGCUCUAAUGAGAGUCUUCAGAUUGUUCGGCAUUACAUUGACAAGGGAUUUAGAGCAAUUGAGAAACUUUUGGAAGGGUGCGACAGUAAAUAUGCUACUGGAGAUGAAAUCCAAUUGGCGGAUGUGUUUCUUGCGCCACAGAUCCAUGCAGGCAUGACACGCUUCCAAAUUGAUAUGUCGAACUAUCCUCUUUUGGAGAGAUUCUACAAAGCCUACAUGGAAAUUUCUGCGGUUCAAGACGCUGUUCCUGAAAAGCAGCCAGAUGCACCAUCACCCUGGAUAUGAAAACUUACGACAAGACGCGUACUGUAAUGUGGGAAAUACUAGGGUUGCUGGUUCUCCCGGUAACCAUGGAUUAUACAAGAGCGGCCUGCUGCUCUUGCUCAGCGCAAGAGAAUAAGUGUUCACAGUACAAAAUUUAGCCUCAUCAGUGGGAAUAAUGAUCUUGUCGCAGUUGAGUUUUUGCAUGUACUACGCAACACGUGUCUUAGACUUGGAGAAUGUAUAGCAUGGCUGUCUACAUACAUGAAGCACUGUCCUGUAUAAGCAAGCCUUGACUUGGAGAAAGGUGCCUUCGUCGUUCUGAAAUUAAAAGUUGCUCCGCCAC